AUGGUCCAUCGAUUCGACCCAGAAACCACCCAGACAGUUGAUGUCGUCGUCGAUGCCCUCCACAGCUUGGCCUGCAAGCUCACCCGCACAUACUCCAACAAGGCCGCCGAGUACAGCCAGGGAGGGAUAUCCCCCGAGGAAUCCGCCAGGCGCAAGACGGCACUCGUCGAGAUAUCCACGAACCUCCUCCCCUGUCUGCGCCAGCAGCUGACCGACCUGCUGGCCUCACUAGACAUCGCCGAUCUCGAAAGAGUCCCUAACCCAAGACUGCUGGCUACCCUCCACAUCCUCAAAAAAGCCGGCGUCACCCUCGACCAAAUCAGCCAUGCAACGCGCUCCGUCACCCUCUCCCCUCCCCCCGCACCAUCCCGCUUCGAAGACCACGACUGCGGGAUCCUCAAAUCCUACCGGUCGGCUCUUCUCAAAUCGGCAAUCAGCGAGCUCAUCGACACUCAUCUCUGCUCAUUAUUCAACCAGACCGUCCUGUUCCUUGAGCACUGGAAAUCCGCCAACAACCCCGGCUUAUCCGCCGAUCCCCCUCCAGCGGAACACGACGCGAUCGAACAACGAAAAAAGAUCAUCUCCCUCAUCGCCCUAUCCAACAAGUCAAUCGAACACCUCAUCGCAUGGCUCCAGCUAGGAAAUGACUCGGAGGUCCUUCGAUACAUCUAUAAACCCCAAAUCGGACAGCUCAACUCCAACCUCGCCGAACUAACCCAACGAAUCGGUCUGCCUCUACCCCCUAUCACCAAUCCAAAAAUCAAAACAACUCCUCUCAAUCCAAACCCGAUCAAGCUGAAAGAGGCAGUGGUGUUUGACAGUGAUUAUUCUGAAAGUAAUACGUCGAGUGGCCAGUCCGAGGACAUGCCCGUCAGACGGGCGACCGUCGAACUGGCCAAGGAGUCCUUGCCGAUGAUCAAACUGAUCCGGAUCUUCUUCAACAAAAUCCUCCGUACACGAUCCAACAAGGCCCCGUUCGUGCUGGACGAGCGGAUCAGCUCGGGCGAGCUGCAGGCCCUGAUGGACAGACUGCUGACCCUGAUCGAGACCCUCAACGAGUUCGUCAGCAUACUGCUAUCGAUCUACGAUGAGGACGAUCUCGGCGAGGAGGAGUUCGACCGGCUCUGGAGAAAGAGCAGCUCGCUCCCCGACGCCGUCGAUACCUCCUUACUCCACCUCGCCUUCCAUCUCGUCCCCGUAGAUGAUCAGCAUCUGACCGCCCAGGACCCACUCGCGCCUAAUCCGUUCAACACCUGCUUCUUCGAACUCAGAGAACGCCUCGGCUGCCUUAUUGCUGAGCAGUUUGAAAGCUUGCUCGGAAGAUGCUUGCUAAUAGAUCAUGACCAGAUGCACAAGCGGGCCGCCAGAAGUUUGACAGCUGAUCAAAUCGAUGUUGGCACAAAUCUCCUGGCAGAACUACAAACCAGUUUUCUGCCCUCACUGCGACAGCAGCUCGCUGGUAUAUUGGCAUCCCUAGACCUGGGCGCUUUGGAGAAGGAUCCCAGGCCGAAAUUCACCGACACCCAAGAGAUCGCUGGCCAACUCGAUAACACCUUGAGUCAAAUCAGCACAUCCAUCAAUUCACUCGCUCCGCUGAUUCCCCAUCAAUCCCUAUACUCCCGUGACCGGCAUUAUGGCAUCAUGAAAGGAUUCAGAUCCCGUCAUAUUCUGAAUCAAAUUGUAGGUUUGAUGAGCAGGGAGCUCCGGCUAUUAUUUGACCAUCAUGCCCUAUUCAUCCGGUGUUGGACGUUCUCAGAUGAUAAUCGACCAACGAUCGAUGGAGAAGAAUCCUACGCCCUCACACUCAAGAACAAGUUAACUGAGCUGACAGCUCUAUCAUACCAGGCUAUCGAUAACAUAUCUCGAUGGUGCCAGCGAUCUGACUUCGAUCUUCUCCAAGACACAUGGAUUGCACAAGUAAAUUAUCUCAGUGGUAAUCUUACGAGAUUAACCCGAAGAAUCAACUUGACAGUGCACUGGAACCACGAAGAACGUAGCCUAAUCGCUGGGGAGCCAUCCGGGUCUGGCCCUGCAGGUACACCCGACAACAACACUGGCGAAAAUCAGGCUGACGGCGAUAAUGGAUCCCAGGGUAGCGUCUCCAGUCAUGACGAACAUGGCCUGCCAAGAGAUGGCACUCCUGGCGGAUCAUCACUAAACACCCCUUUUACCCCAUAUCAACUUGAACUUGCCCAGCGGAUGAUCCCGAUUAUCAAGUUGGGCAGGAUAUUCUUUAACAAGCUCAUUAGCACUGGAAAAAGCAAACCGCCAUUUACGCUCGGCAGUGGAAUGAAUUCCGCUGACAUCGAGUGCUUACAAGAGGAGAUGCUGCAAACUUCAAACGGGAUCGCCGAAAUCCUCAGCCUCUUCCACAACACUGACAGCGACAUGAGCCAUGGUUUGCGCUGGUUACAGGAACUGUCGGGCCACUUCGACUCUUCUCUGCUCUUGCUGGGCUUCUAUCUCAUGCCCAUAACCUCUCGGCUUGAUCCUCCUCCACAGGAAAACUGUUUCAAAACGUGGUUCUUUGAAUUGCGCUUUCAAUUCCGUGUGGCUCUGAACAACCUUAGAAGAUCUAUUUAUGGGAUGAGAUUGGAUUAG